AUGGAAAGCCGUUCGGCGCCAUGGCUGCAAGCUUCAGCAGCAGCUCCCGUGCUUUCUGUCGAACACCCAUGUAUUGUUCAAAAUGUUGACAGAGCCAUUCAUAUGCUAGGAGGCUCUGAAGAAAUUGGCCAGCAUCUCAAACCAGAAACUGACAAGCCUUUAGGACUCAAGUUCCAACCCGAUGACCCAGCCUGUCGUCCCAUUAUAGCCCUCAGGAAUGACUCGAACAACGUUUUGUUGCAGUUCACCGUUCCCAGGCGAACCGGCAGAAAAAGAAAACGAGGUUCAGAUGAUCCAUUUGUGAAGGACCCAGCGCCCGAGCCUCUCAGGAAAGAUGCCUCUUACUUGCUUCGAUCAAUGGUGGAUAAUCCUGAAGGCUACCAGGUCGAUGUUGUUGGUUCGAUACAAUCAACCCACGUCUGGCGUACCAUUCCAGAUUUUGUCUAUUCGGUCACCAAUUCAUCGGCCAUAGAUGAGCUUAAGUCCAAGAUCCUUCCUCAACAAUAUCCGCUCAUCGAAAAAUGGUCAUUGCCACAAACCUACGGUCUAACCGAUACGGAGACAUUUCCUCCCCCAAUUCUCUCCGUCCAUUCGCUGCCUCUCAACUAUUCCUAUCGUCAAAAUCCAGCUGUGACGAUCCUUGCAGAUCCACAAACAGGCAAGAAAUCCCUCUACAAUCUCCAAAAAGCCGCCAAAGUCUUCACUCAUCAAUCUCAGUUCGAUGAUCCUGUUUGGCCUGAUAAACCCCAUCCGAGAUGUCCUCCUCUGUCACAACAGAAUCCAGCAUUUCAAGACGUAUGCAAAUCCGUUCUUGACCUCUUUGAGCAACGUCCCAUCUGGACCCGUCGCGCUUUGGUGAACCAACUGCCACUCGAUGUACCAUUGCAAACCAUUCGCCAUGCUACAGCAUACGUUUGCUUCGCGAUUCGAUCUGGACCUUGGCGAGAUACUUUAUGCAAGUUUGGUGUCGAUCCACGAAAAGAUCCCUCGCAUCGCAAAUAUCAAACGGUACUUGUGCAACUUGUCAAUCGACACAAAGACAAACCCAACAAUAGAGAAGAUUUCACUCGGACAUGGCAUCGGAGUGCAGAUCAAGAGUCUCAUAUCUUCACUGGAAAGUCCACCAUACCAACAGAUGGGAAAUCGUGGCAACUUUGUGAUCUCCACGAACCACACCUCAAGGCCUUGGUUGAUACAUCUGAUGUCUACAUUCGUCAUGAUUGUGAAACAAGAUAUUUUGGGUGGUAUGCAAAUGGAACCAUGGCAAAAAUGAGAGUGGCCAUCAAAGCGAUGAUAGAUUCGGUCAUCGAUGGGACAACACUGGAUAUGUCUAUGCUGGAAAGGUUCUUGUUAUUACCAGAAGAUAUUCAAUGGACUCUUGGCCAAAAUACACCUGCACACCUUCCGAAAAAUACGACCAAGCAAGAGCAAGAAUGGGCGAGCUCAUAUCGCUCUCUUUGUCGAACUGUGGGAGGUAAUGUUCCUACAGCAGGUGGAAGUGGGAAAGGCCGAUUAAGCAAACCCAAGCCUUUAGCAAAUGCUAGUUUCGUGGACCAAGGUGAUGUCGAUAACGUUGAUGGGAUGGAGGAUGGAGAUGAGGAAGGGUUGUAUGGUGAUGAAGGGGAUGACGAUAACAUGGAGCAGGAAGAGCAAGAAGAGCAAGACAGCGGGGCUGAAGAACAGGAUGUUGAGAGUGAGCAAGAUGAGGUUGAAACAGAAAUACCUUAA